AUGACAAUGAGCGAGAGCUUAGAGCGACGUCUAAUUGGUGCGCGCAAUUGUUUUGGUCAGCUGGAAACGAAUUUGAGUUGGGUUGAGUUUGACUCUGAAAAAUGGAUAUUUGAGACGACGUCUCGCAGUGUGUUGAACUCGUUGGAUGAUGCCGUCUCGAAAGGGAUUCUUCGUCUGUUGUGUGCAGCAAAUAAGAUGUAUUCAAUUGAAUUCCGCGUUCACAUCACAAGAAAGAAUCGUCAUCCACCUCAGUUCUCCGAAAACGAGUAUCGUUUUUAUUUGCCAACAAGUCUGAAAAAACUCUCGACGAUUGGUCACGUGACAGUGAUGGAUCAUGAUCCGGUUAUCUACAAUUCAAAGAUACAAUUAUCGGUGUUGAAUGACAGUGCAAAUCUGAUAUUUGGUAUUCAUCAAAAUGGUACGAUAACCCUCAUCAAAGAUGUUUCAACACUACCUAUCUUCAAACCGAUCCGUUACACAUUGGUUGCGAUUGAUUUUGGUUCACCGCAGCUGUUCUCGCUUGCAAAUCUCACAUUUAUACCCGUUUCGGUUUCAGAGGUUAAACAGAUCUCGGUGAAUGUGGCCAAAACAGACUACCAAAUCUUUGAAUGGGAUAAUCCAGAGCACGGUAUCGCUGACAAGUUUAUCGUAUCUGUUUCACGUAACGACAUGCUGCUCUACAGGAAUGAAGUGGAUGGUGCCAAUAAUAUUGCCUUCUUCGAGUUUCCUCUUCAACUGGGAUCUGGCUAUUCGGUUACAGUAACUGCGUCUGAUAUCGAUGGUGAAACUCCGUCAAAGCCGUUCCACUUUUCAGUCAUCAACUCAGAGUUGAACUGCGACGGUGAGUGCUGGGAAGGUGGUGGAAUGCCGAUUUGUUAUUAUGGACAGUUCAAUAGGAUUGUUCAGUAUCGCGACAACAGAGGACCGCAUUGUAGUUGUUUUAAUGGAUACUCGGGCAAUAUUUGCGAUAUUAAAGAACGUUGCGCAGUGGAAACAACCAUUGACGUGUUUGGUCAUGUGGAUUGGAAUGAACUAGCCGUUAAUGAAACAGCAUCAAUACCAUGUCCAUUUGGUGCCGAAGGGGAUUACCUAAAAAGGAAGUGUUUAUGGGAUGUUGCAUCGUCGAGGGGAAUGUGGCAACAACUCACGAAAGAUGAAACAUGCAGAAAACAAAGUUCCGUGUUGAUACAUCUCGGUGUUAUCGGUAACUAUGCGACCAAUGCGAACACAGUCUCUGGAAUUGAGACAGUAUAUCGAUUCAUCGAUUCUUUGAUUAAAGUUCCAUCUUUCCAACCGAACAUAACGAAUGUCCAUUUCGACGUACGUAUCGCUGAACACGUCGUGCAAGUGUUCGAUGCGAUCAUCAAUCGCCGAUGGCAACAAAUCCGAGGAAACACAACACUUAUAAAGAUGCGAAUGUUCUCGUUGAUAGAGGAUUUCUGUGGACGUUUGCCGAUACCGUACAGACUGACGUCUGCGGGUGAGAGUGUAUCAAUGCAGACUCUGCAGAGAUUACCCGAUAAGCAUUCCUAUAAAUGGUUCAUUUCAUCCGAUUGCUCAAUAACGCUCGCACCAUCUACAAGUAUUGCACCACUGCGUGUUAUUUGUCUACGAAAUUCAACUUUGAUCACCGAUAUCGAUAGUGCAAAUCCAAUUCUCGUUAUCAGAAGUGACAAUGCCGUUAACGACUAUCAGUACGUACAGAUCGAGUUGAAACCGCACAACGACGACAUUAAUUACACGUGCGUUCGAUACGACCAAAGAUGUAAUUCAAUAAUUGAUCCAUUCCAAAAAUCUUAUUGA